AUGCGGCCCCGCCGGGCUCCGCCGCUGCCGCUGCUGCUGCUGCUGACGGCUGCGGGCGGGGGGGCGCGGGGGGCGGCGGAGCCGGGGGCGCACGAGGUGUUGCUGAAGGUCCAGGUGUAUGAGAGUGGGACACUGGCCCCGCUGGCCCAGGCCACCCUGGAGGUGUUGGGGAACCGCAGCUCCCUGGCCGUGGGGAUCACGGAUGGGGAGGGGGCGGGGGUCCUGCCGGUCCCGUACCGCCUGGGCACCGCCGUGCUCGUCACCGCCACCCGCAGGGGGUACAUCACAGCCUCUGUCCCCUGGCGUGUCACCCGCCUGCCACUGUACACCUCCCUCAGUCUCUACCUGCUCCCCGAGCACCCCGCCACCCUCAUCCUCUACGAGGAUCAGGUCCAGAUCCUGCUGGGCUCCCCAGGUGUCCGGGGACAGCCCUGGGCACAGUUUCCCCGCCGUGCCGCCCGCCUGCCCCGCAGCUCCACCUACACCCAGCUCAGUGCCUCCCUCACCACUGCCACCGGGCACAGCCUGGCCAGGACCUUCCCAGCCUUCCUGGGGACAGAGCAGGACAGCGGUGCCAAUGCCACCUGGCUGGAGCUGGCACCCGUGGCAGCUCUCAGUGUCCAUCUCUUCACUGGCAACGGGACUGAGGUGCCACUGGCCGGCCCCAUCCACCUCUCCAUCCCUUUGGCCACUGACUCGGGACCCAUGGUGGCCACCAGCGUGCCAGCCUGGAGGUUUGACCCCAAGAGCGGGCUGUGGGUGCGGAAUGGGACGGGGCUGAUCCGUAAGGAGGGCCGACAGCUCUACUGGACAUUUGUUUCCUCCCAGUUGGGAUACUGGGCAGCAGCACUGCCCUCACCCAGCACAGGGUCCCUGUCCUGUGAGGGCUGGUGGGUGGUGGGAACCUUCACCCCGGGGGGUGACUGGAGCCCCCACGCCUUGGGUGGUGCCCUCCUGGGGGGGUCUCUUGCCCCCUGCCAGCCUGCUGUCCCCCAGGGCUGGUGGCCAUGGCAGCGGGGGGGGCCGGACAUCACCACCUACCACACCAUCUUCCUGCUGACCAUCCUGGGGGCACUGGCCCUGCUCGUCCUCACCCUCCUCUGCCUCCUCAUCUACUACUGCAGACGGCGCUGCCUGAAGCCGCGGGCUCAGCCCCGCAAAGUGCCGCUGCCGCUGCCCGCAGAGUCCCGCCGGGACCAGGCCACCUCCGUGUCCCAGCUGGACCUGCUUGCUCGGGCAGCCACCCGGAGACGGCCUCCGAGGGGGGGGGACACCGACCCCCGCGACCCCCCAACCCCUAGGCACGAGUUUUAUCACCCUCCUCCUCCCCCCCCUCCCCAACUCCGCCACGGUCCCCGCCCCCCCCCUCCUCUCACCGCCUCCACCCUCGCCCCCCCCCGCCGCCGCCAGACCCCCGCCCCGGAGGACUAUGGAGGGCGGGGGGGCGAAGCCUUCGGCCUCAGGGCCGCCCGCUCGGUGGAGGGGCUGCAGCCCCCCGACGAGCAUCCCCGCGGGACCCCCGUUUUCCACCCCCCGUCGCCCCCCAUCUUUUCCCGUUACGUCCCCGAACAGCCCGAGCCCCCCCCCAGGCCCCCUUCGCUGGCCCCCCCGGGUCCCCUCCUCUUGUGCGGCCCUCUGGAGCGAGGGGGGGGUCCCGAGGAGAUGUACCGGGGGGUGAUGCCCACCCUGCUCAUCCCCGCCCGCUACAUGCGUUUGGCCCCCGGGGACCCUGACCCCCCCACGGAUCCCGAAGUUAUGGGGGGAGGUGGUCCCGGUUCCCUGAGCACUCCAGCAGCCCCCCCGGCCCCCCCUCAAUCCUCUGGGCAAUCCUUUGAAGAAGGAGAAAACUGGGGAGGGGGAGUGGGAGGGGGCGGUGGUCGUGGAGCCCCCCCGGGAGUGAGCGGUUCGGUGGCCAUCCCGGUGCUGCUGGACGGGUCGGCGGUGGCCCAGUUGAACGGGGAGCUGCAGGCGCUGGCGGGGCAGCAGCUGCUGGAGCUGGGGGGCCGCCCCCCCCCCCGGGCUUGGUUCGUCUCCCUGGACGGCCGCUCCUCCCAGGUCCGCCAUUCCUACAUCGACCUGCAGGGAGGGGACAGGGGGGGGGUCUGCCCGGCGCCCCCCCCGCCCCGCCCGCUCCCCCGCCCCCUGGCAGGAGGGGAGGAAGGGGGGAGCCGCCCCCCGCCCCCCCUGCCCGCUGCCCCCUCCCCCGAGGACAGCUCCCUGGCCCCUUUGCUGGAAGCGGGGAGCGGGGGGCGGCGGGGGGGGGGCAGUGGGCGCAGCAGUCUGAGCGAAGCCCCCCGGGACUCCCUGACCAGCCCCGAGGAGGAGGCGCUGACCGAGGGGGGGGACGGGGGGGACGAGAUGGGCGACAGGAAAAGCCCCUGGCAGAAGCGGGAGGAGAGGCCGCUGAUGGUCUUCAAUGUCAAGUGA